AUGACGGAUGUGUGGAGGGGGGUCUCGGCCGUCAUCGCUGGCAGCCCGCAGCCAAAUGAAGCUGAACACAAGACAACGAAUCGGCUCACUCACGACCAUUUUGCACUCACCGUGGCCACCCUUGUGGAGCUCAGUACUAAGGCCAACUUGGGCCUGGGCACCUGGAAGUCUACCCCAGGCAAAGUCAGAGAGGCUGUGAAAGUGGCCACUGACAUAGGAUGUCGCCACUUGGACUGUGCUUAUGCCUACGAGAAUGAGCAUGAGGUGGGGGAAGCCAUCCAAGAGAAGAUCUGAGAGAAGGUUGUGAAGCAGGAGUGGAUCCUGUACCAGGUACUCCUGUCCCAGAGAGGACUAAGCCAAGCCAGGAUCCCUGGGGUCCCUCUAGCACUGCCCAAAGCACAGGCCAUGGAGGAACUGGUGGACAAGGGGCUGGUGAAAAACAUUGGGAUCUCCAGCUUCAACCACUUCCAGAUCGAGAGGCUCUUGAACAAACCCAGACUGAAAUACAAACCAGUGCUUACCAGUGAUGAGGAUUGUUCCCCUUUACAGAUUGAGUGUCACCUAUACCUCAGGCAGGAGAAACUGAUCCAGUACUGCCAGUCUAAGGGCAUCACUGUCAUGGCUUACAGCCCUCUGGGCUCUCCAGAUAGACCUGGGCGAGGCGACUCGUCCCUACUGGAGGAUCCCAGGAUUAAGGAGAUUGCUGCAAAGCACAAAAAAUCCACAGCCCAGGUUCUGGUCCGGUUCCAUAUCCGGAGGAACGUGGUCGUAAUUCCCAAGUCUGUGAUGCCAGCACGCAUCGCUGAGAACUUUCAGCUCAAGAAGUGUACCAUGGAGGACUCUGUAGGUCCUGUGCUCUGUCUACAGUGGAGAGGGCCUGCAGAGGAGGACUGGAUGGAUGGUCCCAGUCCUCCAGACAAAGGAGGAUGUGAGGUCAUCUGCUGUGGUCGAGGAGCUGAAAUGCAGAAAGGGACUUCAGCGAGUGGAGAAGGCUUAGAAUUGCUUCUAUGA